AUGGCUGCAGCUUGCCAGGCAUGGUGUACAUAUCGCACAGUCACCGGGAGUGCUGAUUCUAAAGAACAAGACUUCGGGGAUGAUGCGAGCAUUUUAAGCACGGAGUUGUUCCGGAGUCCGUCCAGCGAGGUACCGGCUCAUCUUAUGUAUUACGAGUCGGGGAGAACUCCCCCAGCGGUGUCGAUAUUGCCGACUGGAAUUGUCGAGGCUGGAAUUCUGGAAAUCCAUCUCCGAGAACCCCAGGUCUGUCUCUCUGGACAGUGGAGGAGCGAUAUCAACUCACAAUUAAUAGCGCGGCCGAACAUCGGCGCAAAGGAAGACCUCGGUUCAGGAUUUCUUGAUGCGAAUGCCCGAAAUUUCCCGCAGGAAAAGAUGGACAGUGCUGUGCAGCGAAACAGAAUAAUGACGCCCCAGUCUCCGCGCCGCGUUCCCUAUGACGAUGACGGCGAGGAACCAUGCCUGAAGGUACAGGCGGAGCAUGUGAAUACCGUCUGCAGUGGCGGCUCGCCUUAUCCCAUUCGACGGCUCUCCGCGAGGGCGACAGUCUGGGGAACCACAUCCUUUAAGGGAGCCAUGGUUGCAGGAGGAGCGCUGCCCGGUUGA